CACUGACAGUGAUUCGUAUUCGUAUUCCAAAAAAAUGGAUUUCAAUCAAUUGAUUUGAAUCCUUUUUUUACUGCAAAAAGUAUUCGGACAUAUGAUUCGAAUCACAUCUCGUGAUUUAAAUCAAUUUUUUGAGGAUUCGUCCCAGCUCUGCUCUAUUUGUAUGAUUACUUCAAAUACUAACACUAUAGUUUGUCAUAAAGUGAAGCUGUGAAAAAGAGUUAUUUUGACUCAUGCACAAAGGCGCAUAUUAUUAUUUUGUACGACGAUGGUGCGAAGGAAACUUGGCGUAUUUUUGUGUUUAAAAUGGUGAUAGAUUGUGGAUACUAUGAAUUAAAAUGGAAUAAAAUAGAAUAAGCUAAUGUAUAGGCUUCAGUGUUAUCACUUGAUAGUUUAAGUAUUGCCAAUUUAAGAAAAUUUUAUGGGAUUUACACAAUAUAUGCUUCUCUUUUCUCAUAUUUAUUUUAUCUUCAGUCAUAGUAUCGGUUUGGACCAAGAAUAAAGAAGAUUCGGACCUUAAUUUUAAUUAAAUAUAACAAAAUAUUUAGCAGAGGUUAUUUUGAAAUUUGAUGUUUGGAAAUGAUCUUUUCUGUAUAGAAAUGUUUUAUUAAGCAAAAGUAAAAGUUAUUAGAGAAGAGUAGACAAUCCUUAUGGAUUGUCUUCAGUGGGGAUUCUGAUAUUCAAAUAAAAGUGUCUUGACUCACUAAAUGCAAUUUUUAAGAGUGAGAGUAAACGACACGACUAACGUAUGUGUCUAUACGAUUUGAAUCUUCUUUAGUGAAUAAAGUGAAUGUGACCUGAACUUCGACUGUGCUAACGCUUAUCGCUUCGCAGAAAUAAACAUGAAGACAAUCACUUUGAUAUUAUUUCAAUGUACCAUUCAGGUAUUAUCAAGUGCCUUGAAGUCCCCCAUCCGUGCACCAUUAAGCAUAAUAACACUAAACGAUAUUACGCCAAGUGAACGACGACAUAUUGCUUACCUGGAACAAAAAUUGGAGAGAUCUAAAAGAUCUGGAAGCGAUUCGGGAGCAAUUCUCAACAUAAUAAAGACUUCAAUCGGAAAUGGUAUUAAGAAAAAGAUAGGACAACUAACCAAGGCAUCAGCCGCAGCUUCUGGAGAAUUUAGCAGAACAAGUAGCAAUAAAGGAGAAGAGCAUUACCACUACACAAAUCACGUUCCACAUCAUGUUGAACAUGAACCGUCAUUUGAUUUUUGGUAUUUGAAAAAAUCAGUUUUAAAUACGUUACUUCAAGCAGUAAAGGCCAUAAAGGGAGGAGUAAUAGCAAUUAAAGGUCAAUUAAUCAAAGGUGGAGGAAAACUUGUUAGUGCAUCUGGAAAAUUGGUUAGUUCACAAGGGGAUGCAAUCACAAAACUUGGAAAGACCAUUGCCACGAACGCUAUACUAGUACCUUAUCACUCAUCUUCAUCUAAUAAAGGACACUACCAUGAAGAAUAUGAAGUUGAAAACCAUUAUCCAGGACCCAGUCAUGAAGAUAUCUAUCAUAAUGGUCCAUCAGGUUCUAGCCUAGACUACCACGUAACAGAAGAUCAUCCACAUCAUCACGAUGAAGGUUCCGGUGGUCUGCUGAUAUUAAAAAAAAUUACGGAUGUAAAUCAGGGACCACAGAUUCAUCACCGUCAAUCCCACUACGUCCAACCACCAAGUGCCAGUAAUCUAUUUAGUAAAUUAUUUUCAGCAUCUUCAUCAUUAGAUCCGCAUAAACCAGAAUUAUAUCCAGAUAAAUUUCCACCAAAUGACUAUACUGAUGAAGUUUAUAAAGAACCAUCUUACAAUAAAGAUUACGAACUAGCUUCUUUAGCUUCUGAUAAUACUCCCCAGGAGAUUCCAUCUGCAAGUACAGUUUCAAAACAUCGCAUUCGUUUAUCACCCAAUGAUCAAUCAAAAAAUUAUUUUAAUCAAAAUUCUAAUAAUUUAAUUAUAUCUCCGUUAAAAAAUCAAAUCAAGACAGUUCCUCAAACUUCUGAUUCCAGCUUUAAAGGAUCAGAAACGAACAACGUCGCAAAUAAUGAAAAUCCGGAUUAUAAUACUAAAACCAAUUAUGUAUCUGAAGUUACCAAACCGUUAUCAAUAUAUUUGGAAACACCUAAAAUGAAUUAUUUACUACCUCCAACCAACUAUGAUUCUCCAACCACGAACUAUGAACAGUCAGCUUUAAGCGAUUUUAAUUUGAACCAGGUAUUUCGAGCAAAUUAUGAAAAUAGAUUCAAUAAUAAAACAUCGCAUGGACAAGAAUUGGUAGAGCUGAGCUUAACACCAUCAAUAACUUAUGAAAUCAAAGAAGAUGGUACCCAAAGAAUAGUGUAA